GUUCUUUUGAGAAAUAACAUUGUUUCAUUGUUAUUGUCAAGGCUGCUUGAGACAAAUUGAGCUGGGAAUACGCAAGAGCAUGUACAGAGAAGAGAAGGACCAUAUUGGAUUGGCUCUUUCCCUUCCCUGUUCCCACUUCAACGUCCAACUGAUGGCGAAGUAGACAGCAACAGCUACGGAAUUUACAAAUGAUCCAGGAAAAUAGGCCUCGUAGUUGAUGUCAUGCAGUUAAGAAGGUCAGGCAUGAAGGCGGCAUAGAUCUUCUUGUUGUUUCUGAGCAUUCUAAUAGAUAUAUAGAUCAGCAAAUGACUUUCUGCCGAAUCCUUCACCAUAGCCCCGCCCAUGGCUUCUCAACUCUUAGACUUUGCUGCAACACUUGGCAUCAUCACCUUCUGUUUUCUCUCUGUAACCUUUGCAGCGAUAAUUCUCUAUGUUGUGGCUUCAAUCAUUUCCUUUUCCAUCUUCUAUAUCAAGGAGUCAAUCCAGAAGGCUGACAGACCCCCCAUCGCGGGCACCGUCUUCCAUCAGCUCAUCUACUUCAACACGCUUUUCGAUUUCCAAACCAAUAUUGCCCGCAGGCACCAAACCUUUCGGCUGAUCAUGCCUUCCAACAGCGAGAUCUGUACUGCUGAUCCUGCUAACGUCGAGCACAUUCUCAAGUCCAACUUCUCCAAAUACAGCAAGGGUCAGUACAAUUAUGGCAUAACGAAGGAUCUCUUUGGCGAUGGAAUCUUUGCAGUGGAUGGGGAGAAGUGGCGCCACCAAAGAAAGCUUGCAAGCUAUGAGUUCUCAAACAAAGUUCUUCGAGACUUUAGUAGUGUUGUGUUCCAACAAAAUGCGGCGAAGCUAGUGGGAAAGAUCUCGGAUGGUGUGAACACUGCAACCGUGAUAGAUGUACAGGAUCUUCUGAUGAAAUCGACUCUGGAUUCGAUCUUCAAAGUGGGUUUUGGUGUCGAGCUAGACACUCUCUCAGGCUCCAAUGAGUUUGGGGUUCGCUUCAGCAAGGCUUUUGAUGACUCCAACUCCAUUGUGUUCUGGCGAUAUGUUGAUAUAUUCUGGGACAUCAAGAGGCUUCUGAACAUUGGAUUGGAGGCUCAGCUCAAGAGGAACCUCAAAGUGAUUGAUGACUUUGUGUACCAGCUGAUUCACCGGAAGAGGGAGCAGAUGAAAAGCAGGCGAGAAGAUAAAAGCAAAGAAGAUAUAUUAUCAAGAUUUAUAUUGGCAAGUGAGAAGGAUCCAGAGAACAUGACUGAUCGAUACCUGAGGGACAUAAUCCUCAAUUUCCUAGUGGCAGGGAAAGACACCUCAGCAAACACCCUCUCAUGGUUCUUCUUUAUGCUGUGCAAGCAUCCUCUGGUACAGGAGAAGAUUGCCAUUGAAAUCAGAGAGGUUACAAGAUUUGAAGGUGGUAGAACUGACAUCAUGGAAUUCUCAGCCAGCCUGAGCGAAGAAGUCAUUGACAGGAUGCAUUAUCUCCAUGCUGCACUCACUGAGACUUUGCGGCUUUAUCCUGCUGUCCCAAUGGAUGGGAAGACUUCAGAUGAGGAUGAUGUCCUCCCAGAUGGUUUCAAAGUGAAGAAAGGAGAUGGUGUAAACUAUCUCAUGUAUGCUAUGGGAAGGAUGACUUAUCUCUGGGGUGAAGAUGCUGAGGAAUUUCGGCCUGAGCGCUGGCUUGAGAAUGGAGUUUUCAGGCCUGAGAGUCCAUUUAAAUUCGUCGCCUUCAAUGCGGGUCCUCGAAUCUGCUUAGGGAAGGAAUUUGCAUACAGGCAGAUGAAGAUCUUGGCUGCUGCUCUCCUUCAUUUCUUCAAAUUCAAACUCGAUGAUGAGUCGAAGACUGCUGCAUACAGAACCAUGUUCACCCUUCAUAUGGACAAAGGCCUUCCUCUUCUUGUGUACCAUAGACUGAUUUGAGAUCCAAUCACCCAGUACUCUUUAAUCUUACGCGAAAUCUCUUGCACUCUUCUUUACUUAAGACUCUUAUGUGCUAAAUGGCUUGUAAAUGGUCUCUGUAUUCUAUAUUAUAAGUUUUAGGGCAACAUAUGGAACUACAAGUUGAUGGGUUAACAUUCCUCAGUUCAAGAUUUUGAUGCCAUUUUUUGAUAAGUGUUCUUGUAUGAACUUUUGGCUAGUAUAUUCGAGUUUA